CGCCCCAGCCGUUGGGCGGCGGGCUGGAUUCAAACGGCGGCUGAGGGGGAGCGCGGCCGUCAUGGAGGGGGAGGGUUCCCGCAUUCCCGUCUACAGCGUGUUCCACCGCACCGGCCCGCCCGCGGAAAUGCAAACAGCUUUUCCGUCAAAGAAACAAUGUGUCAGCAAAACAGCAGAUCUAGAGUUCAACAGAGAUCCCAAUUUUAACUUUAGCUCAAACAUUCCAGCAGAGGGUGUCUUCAAAGCUACAAACCAAGGGUUGCCUAAAUCUGCCAAGAAAGUGGAACCCCUUUCAAAGAAGACAGCUACAAGAGGACCUCUUAGCAGAUACAAACUAGAAACAGAACUGAAGACCAAGAAUCAGCUGUUAGAAACAGCCAAACAACAGCUACACUCCAGACUAACAGGAGCACAGUGCACUAUAAAGGAGUUAAAGGAGGAGAAUGAAGGCCUGCUACAAGAAGUUGAGAAGCUCAAGAAAUUUCAGGAGACUUGCAUGGUGAUUUUAGAAAGCAGAAACAUUGAUCCUGUUACAGGCAGCAACAUUUUGGAGGAGGAAGAAAAGACCCAAGAAUGCCAGAAACAGACAACGCUGUUAACUGAGAAGCUCAUAGAAGAAUUGAGGCUAUUUAAUCAAACUGCUGCAAAAGAAAAGGAGGAGCUUCAGGCAGCGCUGGCCAAGUGGAAAUCAGCCGAAGAAGGGAGGCAGCGGUCACUGGAGAAGCAUGCCUCCUUUCGAGCAGAAAUCAAGGAGUGCUCAGCAACCCUUGAUGACUUGGAGCAGCUCCUGGCUAUGUGAGGCAUGAGGAAGGACUCUACCGUCUUCUUUUUUUAUUGUUAUUUUACUGGUUUACUCCUAGCUCUGUGGCCUCUACUUUGCAAACCUAGUUCUUAAGUUUGAUGGCCUAAACCGAGGAGCGUGGGGGGUGACUGGGAGCUCCCAUUGCCUUGCCCAGGCUCUGUUCCCUCACCCCUCGCUGGUGUGGGCUCCCCGAUUUCGGUCUCUCAGCCUGUUGUACCUAUUAGUGUGUUCAUCCCAUUAAAGUACUGGAAGGA